AAAAAGAAAUAAAAAUGAAAAAUAACUAGAAUGAACUUUUUACAAAUACUGUUAUUAACUGUAACUGGAAGCAAAAGUUUCUGAUAUUUAUGUGAUUUAUUCUUUCAGAAGAUAAUGAUUACGAGUUCUCUCCUCUAUAAAAAUAUAAAUAUUCAUUUUUUUUUUUUGUUAAAAUAUUAACAAGAUAUUCUAGUGAGCUAGUUUCUAUUAUUAACAAAUAAUUUCAAUUUUAUAUUAUUUUUUUUUUUAGGAGUUUUAGUUAUGUCUUUGUUGGACGAAAAACAGGUGAAUCUCAAGAGUAUGCUAUAAAGAAAAUUGCGUGUCACAGUGAAGAAGAUGAAAUAAGAUUUAGAAAAGAAGUAGAAAAUUAUCAACGUUUUGAACAUCCAUCAUUAGUACCUCUAAUUUAUUGGGAACAAAUAAAAUGUCGUGCAAAGGAAAAUACGACCAGUUUUAUUUAUAUGGUAUUUCCAUAUUAUAAAAAUGUUUUAUUACAUGAUGCUCUAGCGAAUAAGACAAAAUAUUUUACGAAAACAUUGAUUAAUUUAUUUUUAAGUAUAUGUGAAGGUAUUCGAAUUAUUCAUGAAGCUGAAAUGGCUCAUAGGUUAGUAUUUUUUUCGUCUUCUUCUAUUCAUUGUUACAUAGUGUAUAAAUAUAUGAAAUUGUACUUUUUAGAGAUAUUAAACCGAGUAAUAUAAUGGUAAUUCAUAAUACGAAAUGUGUACUACUGGAUUUUGGAUCAAUGACAGCCGGAAAAAUAAAGGCUAACACGCGACAAGAGGCUCAACAAUGGCAGGUGAGUCUCACUUUUUUU